UGAUGGCAUCCAUUUCUCGAAUCUAUCUUAGAGAAAACCAUUCCGUCUCCAUAGUCACCUAUCCUUGGUAGAGGUAUAUGUUUUUCGUGGCAAGCUUAAAAAAAAAUAAUAAAAAAAAAGGAUAGAAGCUGCUUCUUACCCUACUUAGUAGAGACGCGUGAUUACCCUUCCAAAGGCAAAGCUGCAGUGGCCGUGACCUUGGCGCGCCUCACUUUGCUGUGUUAUCUUGCCGUUUCUUGUCACUUUUCUAACUUCUUAUCCAUUUGCAUAGAAACCCCAAAUUUUCAUAUUUCAACACGAAAGGGAUUCUAAUUUAAAAUUAACGUUUUGAAGGAAGAUCAGGCUCUGUAAAUAGUUUAUUCUGUAUUGCGAGUGCUUGUAAUGUAACAUACCAGUGCUGCUCAUAACUCAGGAGCAAGAAUGGUGGGUUUAUCACUGGGAGAAAAGCAUUUUAUCCAGGGUGGCAUUGCUCAAGAUCUUCGUUGUGAUGGUAGAAAAAGAUUGACAUAUCGACCAAUCUCUGUUGAAACUGGAGUGAUUCCCCAGGCAAAUGGUUCAGCAAGAAUCAGGAUGGGUGCUACAGAUGUCAUUGCCAGUGUUAAGGCUGAACUGGGAAGGCCAAGCUUAUUGCUGCCUGACAAAGGAAAAGUCUCUAUAUAUAUUGAAUGCAGUUCAACUGCAGAGCCAGCUUUUGAGGGUAGAGGGGGUGAUGAGUUGGCAGCAGAACUGUCAAAUGCUCUUCAACACUGUCUUUUGGGUGGUAAAAGUGGAGCAGGUGCUGGAAUUGACCUUUUGUCUCUUAUUAUUGUCGAAGGAAAAAUUUGUUGGGAUCUUUACAUUGAUGGGCUUGUUGUUAGUUCAGAUGGAAAUUUGUUGGAUGCUCUUGGUGCUGCCAUUAAGGCUGCUUUGAGUAAUACGGGUAUUCCAAGAGUUCAAGUUGCUGCUGGAACAUCAAAUGAUGAGCAACCAGAAGUUGACAUAAGUGACGAGGAGUUUCUGCAGUUUGACACAUCUGGAGUCCCUGUCAUAGUUACACUGACUAAGGUUGGGAGGCACUAUAUUGUGGAUGCAACAUCAGAAGAGGAAUCACAGAUGAGCUCUGCUGUUUCAAUCUCAGUUAAUAGGCAAGGUUACAUCUGUGGUAUAACCAAACGUGGAGGUGUAGGGCUGGAUCCAAGCAUCAUUCUUGAUAUGAUAUCUGUGGCUAAGCAUGUAAGCGAGCAAGUAAUAAGCAAAUUGGAUUCAGAAAUAGCUUCUGCAGAAGCUCAAGAGGAGUCAUGACACACAGUAACUAAGUUAUAACUAGGGUGUACCGUAUAAUUCAAUUUUCUUAGACAAAGUUUUGUAACUUGGUAACUGAGUAGCAGUGACAGUUGCAUUGUGACAUUAAUGACUCACAUGACAGGGUUCGCUAUAUUUUAAUCAAGUUUGUGAUAGCAAGGUAAAUGUAAAUGCCAAUACUAGGUGAUAUGGAUCAAUAUUUUAAUUUUGGCACCUUUUGCUUUCA